GCGAUGGAGGUCGGCGUGGAGCUAUGGCGCACGCGCAGGCUUCUCGGCGAUCUGAGCGAGAUGCAAGGUAACGGGACGAGCAUGAUCACGCUCAUGGUGCCGCCCCGAGAUCAAGUGGCUAGGGUCCAGAAGCUCUUGGUGGAGGAGAUGGGGGCGGCGGCGAACAUCAAGAGCCGGACCAAUCGCCAGUCGGUCCAGGGCGCCAUCAAAUCGGCCCAGCAGCGGCUGAAGCUCUACUCCAAGGUGCCGCCCAGGGGCCUGGCGAUCUUCGUGGGGACGAUUGCUCUAGGGGGCAACAAGGACAGGAUGAUUGCCGUGAGCUUUGAGCCCGCCAAGCCCUUGAGCCGGUUUGCGUAUCUCUGCGACAAGAGAUUCCACACGGAGCUCUUGGACUUCCUGCUCGAGGAGUCCGAGACCAAGUAUGGAUUCAUCGUCAUGGACGGUAACGGGACCUUGUUUGGGACGCUCAGUGGGGCUUGACGGUUAAUCCUCGACAAGUCCAGCGUGGACUUGCCGAAGAAGCACGGCCGGGGAGGGCAGUCGGCCUUGCGAUUCGAUAGACUAAGAACCGGGUGCCGCCAUAACUAUCUCGUCCAGGCAUCCGAAGCUGCCGUGAAGCACUUCAUCGAUCCCAGCAGCAGCCAGGCCAACGUUGCGGGAUUGAUCCUCGCGGGGAGCGCCGAUCUCAAGACGGAGCUGGAGCCCUUGCUGGAUCCCCGGCUGAGGGCCAAAGUUCUCAAGGUGGUGACUAUAUCCCAUGGAGGAGAACGGGGGUUUAACCAGGCGAUCGAGCUCUCGGAGGAUGUUCUAGCCAGCGUGAAGUUCGUCCAGGAGAAGAAGCUGCUGGGGGAGUUCUUCGAGGAGAUCGGAGUCUGCUCCAACAAGCACGUAUCGGGGAUCAGGGACACGCUCCAGGCGUUGGAAAUGGGAGCGGUGAAGAGCUUGAUUGUUUACGAGGAUUUGGAAACGAGGAGGUAUGUCUACGACGAUCCUCAGACCGGGAACAAGGUGACCAAGGUUUUGAGCAAGGAGGAAGCGAAGGAGGAGGUUCCAAGGAACAGAGAGGUGGAAGAUAAGGCUCUGGUGGAGUGGCUUGCGGAGGAGUACAAAGGGUUUGGGUGCGAGCUACACAUAAUCACGAAUCACACGGAGGAAGGGUCUAGCUUUUGCUCGGGAUAUGGAGGGAUUGGAGGGAUUCUUCGCUAUCCACUGGACUUUGCGGCCAUGAACGAGGAAGGAGACGAAGCGUAAGCCUUAAGCUAUGUGUUAAGUAUUUCAUUGUCAUUGUCUCAUUGUUAGUCUCAUUGUCAUUGUCAUUGUCUCUCUUAAUAUGAAUCCAUACAUUUUUCCAA